AGCAAAACUAACCUCAAUGAUGCGUUUUUGUGUUAUGUCAAUAAAUUUUUAUUGAAUGUUUGUUGCUGUUGAGAGAAAUAAUUGAAUAAAUAAACGCAGUUCCAACAUUUUAAAGUGUUAUAACAUUCUAUAAACAUGGAAGGGCCACCUGGCACGGGGCCGCCCAGCAAUAACGGAUCAAUGGGCCCGCCGGGAAUGCAAAGCUUUCCCCCGAUGCCACCUCCGCCUGGUUCUAUGGGUGCAGGGAGCUUGCCACCGCCACCUAUGGGGCCCCCAGGAGCCAUGCCACCCGUGAGCUCGGCGAGCGGCCCGCCGAGCGGUCCUCCUGCAAUGCCUCCGGGUAUGGGCCCGCCACCCGGUAUGAUGGGUAACAUGGGAAUGGGCCCACCAGGAAUGGGACCUCCGCCACCAGGUAUGGGGCCUCCAGGCAUGGGUAUGGGCCCGCCAAUGGGACCACCUGGUAUGGGACCUCCGAGAAUGCCUCCAAACAUGAUGCGUGGUCCUAACAUGAAAGGUAACUUUGGAAACCAAGGAAUGGAUAUGGGUCCCCCAGGGAUGGGCCCACCGCCUAACAUGCCUCCAAUGGGCUGGGACAAUCAGGGUCCACCAGGUUGGGGAAGACAGGAUGGGCCCCCAGGGUGGGAUGACCAUGGAGAUGAGGGGGAUGAGGACGAGGGCGAGGGUGAUGAGUCUGGGGGCAUGCAAGGGCCUCCGUCAAGCUUGCCGUCACUAUUAACAAUGAAGAUAGAUACUCCUGAGGAGUUCAGGAACAAGCCUGUUGGAGUAGGCGGAGUGGUGCUGCCAAAAGCUUUGGAAGAGGCUUUAGCUUAUAAAGAUCAGAGGCAGGCUGCACUUGGAGGUGAAGGAGAUGUAGGAAAAGACAUAGACAACCCACCGGAGGCACCACCAGCACCCGUGAUCAGUACCGAGUAUGAUGCUGAGGAGGAUGAGGGAGACUCCGAUGAUGACAACAUUCCUGAUGCACCACAACCACCAAUUAUCUCCAAAGUGGAAGGACAAGCCAACAAAGCCAAUAAGAAUAAAAGAAAGAAAAAGAAGAAGAAGGCUGCCAAGCAGAAGAGGCGAGAAGAAUCUAAGAAGAAGGAUGAAGAUACUGCUUCUAGUCAAGAGGAUGGUAAAAAGUCCAGCGACAAGGAAAAUGAAAAAGAAGUUGAAAUUGAGUAUGUCCAAGAAAACAUACAGUUCCAUGAAUUAGAGCCGAUGUACCGCCAAUUUCACCGCAUCCUGGAAGCGUUCAAGAUCACGGAGAAGAAAGAUGAUGCCAUUAAAGAGGAAGAUAAGGAUGCCCCCAAACCUUCCAAACCUCAGGAGAAGGUGCAGGAUCAAUUUGCUGCUGAUGAAGAGGCUGUGGAGAAAAACGCCGCAGAUGAAAAGGAGCGCCUCUCCAAGCGUAAACUGAAGAAGCUAUCACGCCUCUCAGUGGCCGAACUCAAGCAGCUGGUGUCGCGGCCCGAUGUCGUGGAGAUGUAUGACGUCACCGCCCGGGACCCCAAACUGCUGGUGCAGCUGAAAGCGCAUAGGAACACCGUGCAAGUGCCAAGGCAUUGGUGUUAUAAGAGAAAGUACCUGCAAGGCAAGCGAGGUAUAGAGAAACCUCCGUUCGACCUUCCGGACUUCAUCAAGAAGACCGGCAUCAUGGAGAUGCGAGCCUCCCUGCAGGACAAGGAGGAGACUAAGACCUUGAAGGCCAAGAUGAGGGAAAGGACCAGGCCCAAGCUCGGCAAGAUUGAUAUUGAUUACCAGAAACUUCAUGAUGCUUUCUUCAAAUGGCAAACCAAACCCCGCAUGACGAUCCACGGCGACCUGUACUAUGAGGGCAAAGAGUUUGAGACGCGCCUGCGCGAGAAGAAGCCGGGAGACCUCUCCGAAGAGCUCAGGACUGCGCUCGGUAUGCCUGUAGGACCGGGAUCACAUAAGGUGCCACCACCAUGGCUGAUAGCCCAGCAGCGGUACGGGCCUCCGCCCUCGUAUCCCAACCUGAAGAUCCCCGGCCUCAACGCGCCCAUCCCCGAGGGCUGCGCCUUUGGGUACCACGCCGGCGGAUGGGGGAAACCGCCCGUGGACGAGACUGGCAAGCCAUUGUACGGCGAUGUGUUUGGUCAUCAAAGUAGUGGUCAGGAUGAUGUUGAAGACCUCGACAUUGAUAGGACAAUGUGGGGAGAACUGGAAUCUGAGUCUGAGGAAGAAUCUGAAGAAGAGGAAUCAGACGACGACGGCGAGAAGCCCGGCGAGGGCGAGGUGGCGGCCGGCGUGGCCACCCCGGGCGAGGGGCUGGUGACGCCGCUCGGCAUCAGCUCCGUGCCGCCCGGCAUGGAGACGCCCGACACCAUCGAGCUCAGGAAGAAGAAGGUCGAGAGCGAUAUGGAAGGUGGCGACACGCCAGCUCUAUACCAGGUGCUGCCGGAGCGUCGCGUGGGGCUGACGCCCGGCAUGAUGGCUUCCACCCACGUCUACGAUAUCAGUGCUGCCAACCCCGGCAAGCGUGCGGGCGCGGCGGCGGCGGGCACGGCGAGCGAGGGCGGCGGCGCGGCGGCGGCGGGCGUGGAGGUGGCGCUGGACCCCUCGGAGCUGGAGCUGGAGCCCGAGGCCGUGGCGGCGCGCUACGAGCGACAUCUGCGCGAGACGCGGCCCAAGGCGCACGAGGACUUGUCCGACAUGUUGGCCGAUCACGUCGCCAGGCAGAAGAACAAGAGAAAGCGGCAACAAAAUACAGAUUCGAAGCAAUCGAAGAAAUACAAAGAAUUCAAGUUCUAAUCGUGAUAAUAGACAUAUUAUAUUAAUUUAUAUUUUAAGUGUAUUCGUACCUAUGUAAUACUAUUCUUGGGUAGAUUGAAACAUAUUUGACAUUGUGGUUUUCAAUGCGACAGCCAGAUCAGCUAAUAAACAAUGGAUUUGAUGCAAAA